AUGCUGAGUGCUCUCCUGUCUCGUCGCGCAUGUGUGUCUGUGCGGGCCAUGCAGCCCAUGACGCUCCCGCGUGUGGUGUCGGCGCGUGGUCUGGCCACGGGCUCGGAGCCGUACGAUGUGGUUGUGAUUGGCGGUGGCCCGGGUGGCUAUGUGGCGGCCAUCAAGGCGGGCCAGUUGGGUCUGCGAGCGGCCUGCAUUGAGAAGCGUGGCUCGCUGGGUGGUACGUGCCUGAAUGUGGGCUGUAUCCCGUCGAAGGCGAUGUUGAACAACUCGCACAUUUACCACGAUGUGGCGCACGGUCUGAAGAAGCGAGGUGUGGACGUUGAGGGUGUGUCGCUGAACCUGCCCUCGAUGAUGAAGGCCAAGGACAAGGCUGUGACGGGUCUUACCAAGGGUGUGGAGAUGCUGCUGAAGAAGAACAAGGUCGACUACAUUAAGGGUAUGGGCAGCUUUGCCUCGCCGACGACGUUGGACGUGGAGCUGCUGGACGGUGGCAAGACGCAGGUCGAGGCGAAGAAUGUGAUCAUUGCUACGGGCAGUGAGGUGACGCCGUUCCCUGGUGUGGAGAUUGAUGAGAAGCAGAUUGUGAGCUCUACGGGUGCGCUGUCGCUCGAGAAGGUGCCGGAGAAGCUGGUCGUGAUUGGCGGCGGUGUGAUUGGUCUGGAGCUCGGCAGUGUGUGGAGCCGUCUGGGUGCGCAGGUGACGGUGGUCGAGUUCCAGGACUCGAUUGGGGGUCCUGGCGUGGAUGGUGAGCUGGUGGCCACGUUCAAGAAGAUUCUGGAGAAGCAGGGUCUCAAGUUUGAGCUCGGCACGAAGGUGUCGACGGUCGAGAAGAGCGGCGACAAGGUGACGAUCAAGGCUGAGGUGAAGAAGGAUGGCCAGCCGAAGGAGCUGGAAGCGGAUGUGGUGCUCAUGUCGAUCGGUCGUCGCCCUGUGACGAGUGGCCUGAACCUUGAGGCCGUGGGUGUCGAGGUGGACCAGCGUGGCCGCGUCGUGGUUGAUGACCAGUACAACACGACGUGCAAGGGCGUCAAGUGCAUUGGUGAUGCGACGUUCGGCCCGAUGCUGGCGCACAAGGCCGAGGAAGAGGGCAUUGCGGCCGUCGAGCUGAUCAAGAACGGUUUCGGCCACGUGAACUACGACGUGAUUCCGUCGGUGAUUUACACGUACCCUGAGGUGGCGUGGGUCGGCAAGUCGGAGGAGACGCUCAAGGAGGAGGGCGUCGCGUACAAGGUCGGCAAGUUCCCCUUCCUGGCCAACUCGCGUGCGAAGACGAACGACGAGACGGACGGCUUUGUCAAGUUUGUCGUCGAGAAGGAGACGGACCGUGUGCUGGGUGUGCACAUUAUCGGUCCGAAUGCCGGCGAGAUGAUUGCGUCGGCUUGUCUCGCGAUGGAGUACUCGGCGAGUGCCGAGGACAUUGCGCGCACCUGCCAUGCGCACCCGACGCUCUCGGAGGCGUUCAAGGAGGCGGCUCUGGCCAGUUAUGACAAGCCGAUCAACUUUUAG